UCCAGAUAACGUGCGUAUCGGCGUAUUUUACGCUUCAAAAUCAACUAAAUACGCACCAUAUUUCAAAUUUGUUGCGUUCAUUUACGCACGCUAAAAAUUAAAUACGCAAAGAAUGAAAAAUCGAAGCGUAUUUGAUGUGUACUUUCAUUUUCGAAACAGCUGAUUCCAUUUCCGUUUAACAGUUGACUGUGUAUCUUUUUCCGUUUAAUACCCGCCAAAAUACUUCCAACUACUUUUCAUUCUGUAAACCAGUCUAAUUAUGUCUUUAUCGCGUGGACGCUUGGUAAAACGUGUUGCUUGAUUUCCUUUACAAUUGCAAGCGUUUAUUAAUAAAGACGUACAUCAUGGCUGCUUCAAAACCAAAGCAGAGGAAAAUUGAUAAUUUUUUUAUCGCGACUGAGUUACCCGCUAAGGCAAUUGUAAAUCCAAUUGUUGAAGACAUUUUAGAUAAUGUAUUUAAAACAAAAAGGGCGCAUAUAACUGUUAAUCGCAACACAACACUCGACAAUUGGCAAAAAAGUUAUCCGUGGCUGCAAAUUUCAGAAACUGGUACUGAAGUACGAAUGAAAUGUUUGACUUGUUGUAAAUUUAAAGCUGGCAAUGUAUGGGCUAAUGAAGGUGCAAUUAACAUACAGAAAUCGGCAAUUGACAGGCACUGUGCAAGUAAAGACCACAUUGAGGCUCAGAAAAAAGAAAUAAGAAGUGCUACUAUUUCCUCGGACAGUGAGAAAGAUGAUACUUAUGAUGACUUAGAAAAACAAGACCUAUAUCUCUUUUGUUCUGUUUAUUCCCUUAUGAAAAACGAAAUUCCACUUAAUCAGUUAAAUGCCAUCUUAGAGUUGCAGAGACUAAAUGGAGCUGAAAUGCCUUAUCAAAACUUAAGUUGGAUACAAUUAAAGAGAUUCAAGAAAUAA